UAUCAAUCACACUCACAAACCAUCAAAACAAUCAUUUUCUGUGGAUUCAUCAUAUUCAAUUCCACUUUCUAUCCAAAAUGAAGUUCUCCAUCGUUGCUCUUGCCGGCCUUGUCAGCGCCGUCUCUGCCGCUUCUCUCCCCGCGCGCUUCUCCCUCAUCGCCGAUGACAACACCCCCGUCCUCACUGACGGCGAGUACGUCUAUAUCGGCAACGACACCUCCAAGAGCACCUCCAAGCUGAUCCUCUCCGGUGGUGCCAACGGUGGUGGUCUGACCUACCUCGCUAAGGGCGCCGUCCCCACCGCCUGGCAAAACCUGUACAUCAUCGAGAACAGCGUCUCGCCCAUCUCCUUCACCCAGCCUCACUCCGGCGCUGUUCCCAACAACGCCAACACCACUGGCUUCGGCGUCAACGAGCAGGGUUACCUGACUCAGGGCGGUAGGGCUUGGUUCGCUGUUGACGGUUAUGGCGAUGUCCCUGCCAAGGAGGUCUACUGGUACGGUGCUCACAGCUCGGAGUACAAGGCUGCCUACCUCAAGGUUCAGGAGUGCACUACCGAGGAGUGCUAA